CUAUCUGCUUUUCACUGUAAUUUAUGGAAUCACAUUACACACCACUCAUCUAGUAGCUAGGAAGCACCCAUAACUUCUGCUCUGAUGAAAGACCACUGCCACACACAGUAUCUGUGAGACAUUUAUGUUGUACCCACUCACAUCCAGAUGUCAGCCAGUCCCUCAUGCCUAAGUGAUUUCUUUCAGUGGCAGAUGAAACUGCCUUCCCUACUUCUCCAGAUGCAUGAAUUUUUCAGCUUAUUGCUUUUUUUGGAGGAAAGGGGAUUAAAGUGAAGAUGAUGAUAAAUCUCUCUAACUCCAUCCAUAUCAACAUCUUCAGACAGAAAGAUGAAGAGCUUUAAGUAUGUUUGCAUAAAGAUUCUUUCAGCAUUGUACUGAUCUGCAAGAAAGGAUAUAUGUACUAGUGUCAGUGCUGCAGAACUUUAUAAAUACACUCCAAGAUGAAAUUGUCAGCUAGUAGCAAAUAAUGCUAACAUUUGCUGACACAGUCAACAGAGGACUGUUUAAAACAGACAGAUUGUUAUUUACAGCUGUGCCAGAUGGGACAGUUUGAAAUAUGUUUAACUGCUCUUUAGUUAACAUUUAAAAUAUAUUCCUCAACAUCCUCAAAUAAUUUUAAAUUGCCAAGAUUUUUAUUUGAUGAAAAUUUACCUACAAAUAUUUUUACAUUCCUGCUGUCAACUAAAAUUACAUGUGCCUGUAAAUAACAGACAGUCUACAGAAAACUCUUACAGGAGCUCACAGAGUAGAAGCAUUAAAUAUUAAAAAAUUAAUACAUCAAUUUCAUACAAACUGAGUGAACUAUGUAGGAAAUGUACGUGUUAAUUUACAGUAAUACAUUAUUUUAACAUGACAUUUGUCCUGCACAAUGCAUUGGUGGGAAGUUAGUGCCAUCUGUGUGUCUAGCUCUCAGACAAAUGAUUAAUAACUAAACCAUUAAGGAAGGACCAUUGAGGUGGUGCUGUUUUGAUUCAGUGUUAUUUUCAUUUCUUUUUUAGACCCUACAUCUUUCUGCUAUUUUCUUCCACCCUUUUGCAGUAUCCUCCGAGAAAGGUUUUUGGCAGUAUCCAGUGUUGCUAAGGCUGAUAGAAUUCCUACUACUAGUCCUAUUCCCAGAGACAGCUUUUCCAAGGUGAUUCCUGACACAGGAGAUGGUAACUGCUACGGGUAAAGAUCAUCUUUAAAAGGGAACAUGGAUUUAAUAAACUCAACUGAACAAAACAGUACAUCAGAAGAACCUUUCAAAUGGGCGACAUCCAAGAUUCUCAUUUCCAUUACCCUGUCUGUGCUCGCUCUAAUGACAACGGCCAUCAAUUCUCUCGUGAUGACUGCAAUAAUUGUGACAAGAAAGCUCCACCACCCCGCCAACUAUCUAAUCUGCUCUCUUGCAGUGACUGACUUCCUUGUGGCAGUCCUGGUGAUGCCCUUCAGCAUCGUCUACAUCGUAAAGGAGACCUGGAUCAUGGGGCAGGUGGUGUGUGACAUUUGGCUGAGCGUGGACAUCACGUGCUGCACUUGUUCCAUCUUGCACCUCUCCGCCAUUGCUUUGGACCGGUACAGAGCGAUCACGGAUGCCGUGGAAUAUGCCCGGAAAAGGACACCUAAGCACGCUGGCAUCAUGAUAGCAGUUGUAUGGAUCAUAUCCAUUUUUAUCUCCAUGCCACCUUUGUUUUGGAGGCACCAGACAACCAGCAGGGAGGACGAAUGCAUCAUCAAACACGACCACAUUGUUUUCACCAUUUACUCCACGUUUGGCGCCUUCUACAUCCCGCUGGCCUUGAUCCUGAUCCUUUACUACAAGAUCUACAAAGCAGCAAAGACAUUUCACAGGAGAAGCGUCAGCCGGAUCGUGAGGGAGGAGGGGGUGAAUGGACAAGUCCUUUUGGACGCAGGUGAAAGAAGCACCAAAUCAGCUUCAAUGCCCAGCACAACAGAGAAAACCUCAGAUCCCCUGGUGAGCUCGGAUAAAAUCAACAUCACCCUACGAAGUCCCAGGUCUGAAUCCAAGCAUGAGAAGUCCUGGAAAAAACAGAGAAUUUCCAGCACGAGAGAGAGAAAGGCAGCAACGACGCUGGGUUUGAUCUUGGGGGCAUUUGUGAUCUGCUGGCUCCCCUUUUUUGUAAAAGAAGUGGUUGUUAAUACCUGUGAAACAUGUCACAUCUCAGAGGACAUGUCUAAUUUCCUAGCAUGGCUGGGAUAUAUAAACUCCCUUAUUAACCCUUUAAUCUACACAAUCUUUAAUGAAGAUUUCAAGAAAGCCUUCCAGAAGCUUGUACGGUGCGGGCAAUACCUUUAAGAGCUUUUGUUCAUAUAAGGAGAACACAGUCAUUGUUUUUUAACCUGUAUAAAUUUAUAUAACUGAGAUGGCAUUUGUUGUAUUUAAGGCAAAGCACCAGGACUCCGCAUUUACGUUAUAAUGACUUUUUUUGUAUAGGUCAUGUUCGGAGCAUUAAUUGCCCAAGUUUUAAAGAGAUGGAUCCUCUGGGAUUGGUUUUGCUCUAGAAAAAGAGGUAGCUCUGAUCCAGUUGAGAUUUGCACAGCUGCCUAGCUUGAAGCAUAAGGUAUUACCUUAAAUAUGAUGGAAAUACACACUUGAAGUAGAUGAAGAAACAAAACUUUCUUAAAAGUAACCCUCAGUCAUCAAUGAAAUGUUAAGUAAAACAACACACACAUUUUAAACCCUACUGAUGCAAGACAGAAAAUACACCAUAGAAUGACAACAUGAUUUUAACAGUCUGGCACAGACCUGCAGCAUAGAGCCAAGCCAUUCACAGCCAAGGGUAGUAGCUUUAAAUAUAUCUACCAACAUCCUAAGUCAGUGAGCUGCAGCCCUGCCUUGUCCCAUAGGUGGACUUCCCUGUGUUACACAGCACCCCAGCAGCAGGCAGGGGGCUCUCAUGGGUUACCAGUUUCCUAGCAAGCCAGUGUUGGGAGCCCUCUGCCAUUGCACACCCACAGCAGAUGUGAGCAUAACCACAAGGGAAACAGCCAAACAUCUGGGGCACCUCCAGUGAGCUGGGUACACAGAGUGCCUGGUGCUCUGAGACAAUGCUUCCAUGGGAAGGGGAGGGUUCAUAAAGAGCAGCUGGUUCUCCUUGUGCAGAUAUUAGGAGGGAAGCUGGAGACAAGGAGACACUCCUUUCUCCAUGCCCUCACACCUGGCCAGGCACAGAGCCUGUGACCUGCAGCACCAAACCAGCCACAGCUCUCACCAGGGCUGAGCACUGCUGACAGAGGGUGGCUUAGUAAGGUUUGAAGAACAGAGGCUGACAGCUCCAGCUCAGCAUGUUCAGCCCUCCAUCCUCAGAAGCCUGAUGCCCCUGAGCUUCUUCUCAACUGUCCCAAGCACCAGGGCUGUGGUGCUUCCUUUCCAAGCAAGUGAGAAAGCACGACAGUGCUGGGAGCAUGGGUCUGUGGAAAAGGCUGUGCAGCACCUUCUGCAGCAGGGGAACAGGGAGUAACCUCAGUGUGCACUGCACGCCCGGGGCUCACUGAGAAGCUCACCUCUAAACUCCUCCUUCCCCCAGAGCAUCCAUCCAUAUCCCCAUUCCCGGCAGAGUUAAAAAGGCACUACAGGAACUCCAGCCCACCCUAACUUAUUUAGUCAAAGAUGACCUCUAUGAACAAAUCCCUUCCAAGGCCUGAAAGAUGGCAGCUUGACCAAUCCUGAUUGACAUGGCUCUGAUGCCAAGCCAUGAAGCUGUUAAGAGCCACACCAAAGCCCAGGUUUUGCACUUUUCAGGACAAACAGAUUCAGGGUGUGUCACUAAGAGCCCAGAUUCAAAUUCUUUGUCAGACAUUCAGUGCUGCCUCACAGGAACAGAGACUUGAAGCUCCUUACAGGGAUUACAAACCCCACUGUCAGCAGCAGCAAUCUCCUGCUAAGGUUAUCCAGUUUGGCACCUGGGCCACCAGCCUAGGGGCACCACAAAGAAACUGAGAAAUGACAGCACCAUGGUCACCUUUAACUGGGGAAAGGUGUCACUGGCCCUUGCAAUUGUUCUUCUAAGAGACUUUCAGUGGUUUGUAUUAGACAAAAAAAGAAAAACACUGGAAAAAAAGUCAACACUGUCAUCUGUCUCUCCCCCUCUCUCUCCUCUGUAUUACAAACUCUGGAGUUUGUAAUAAUUUUUGUAUUUUCCCCACUGGCUACCAGCUGACAUAACAGCUGUCAGAAGGGUUUCCUGCAAGAUAACGAGGUUUGAAACUUGAGAUACUGAACUAAUUUCUGUCACUUUCAACUUACUGUAUUCUGCUUUCACAUCAAGGUCCAAAUGAAAUGCUAUUCAGAAUUAGCAGAAACAGUGUGUUUACUUUGCUGUUGAUUUUAACACAGCCAGGAAUCUAAUGGAAAGCUCACUUGUCAUACCAUGGAGCUCUAGCACAGCUGUGGCACAGCUAAAUUUUGAAGAUACUGGGAUGCGACAGAGUGGAAUUGGCUCAUGCUCAGUGCAAGCCAGCACGUUUUAUUACCAUUGCAGUCAGAGCACAGCCUCUGCAGCCCCCAUGACCUCAGCACUGGCUGCAUUAUGCUGAGAGAAAUAAUUGCUCUCAGCAUCAGCUGUGCUCUGCUGUCUCCAGAAAGAGCCAUGAAUUUUAGCUUUCCAAAAGGAUUAGCAGAUGAGCAGGAGGCAGCACAGAAAGCCCCACAAAAUCGUUCACUCUUGAAGACCUCUGUUUCCCACAUUUCCCGAGUCAUAACCCUGGUUGUCUUGGGGGAAUUCAUUCCUUUCCCCCUGCCUCUCCCUUUAUGGCUGCUGGAGUACAGACUAUAUUGUUUAUCCUCUUACUAGUAAGAUGUUUGACAAUAUCUUGUGAAACCAAAUUGGAAGGAAAAAUAGGGGCUGCUUUUCAGGAGAAAAGAUACUUAAAAUACUCAUUUAAAUAGUAAUGGGUGAAGCUCAAAGAAGGAACCAUAUGUAGAUAAACAGAAAAUAUCUGUCAUUUAUGCACUGUUAACAGUAUUAUACUCUGAAACUAAUUAAGCUGCUAAACAUUUCUCAAGAUGCAGGGUGGUUUCUUUUGUAUCGUUUUCACUGAGCUGUUUCUGCUCACCCUUCAACACAGCGGUGGGAGAGGCAACUACAAGAAAUCUGAUCAAACAAGUGGGAAGUUAUUCCAUUAAAAGCA